GACCUUCGGUGCUGAAGUAAGUUAGGGUGUAAUCCAUUCGCUUUAACCACUCAUGCUGCGUGGAUGAGGCAACUUACCAUUAACUCUUAUUACGGAGCUGGUGUCGCGCUUCGUUUAUUAUUCCCAGCCAUUGCUGCCGCAAGCCUCUGCUCAAUGCCACCAUAGUGUUUCAGGGCGCGCUGUGCGGUGCCAUUUAUCAUAUCAAUUAUCGGGCGCCUCUGUAGGGAGCGAAAGCUUCCAUGUCCUUUUAAAUUACAAAGUCGCGGUCCUAUGGCCAACAACGCCAGUUUAGGUCCGUGGGAUAUAGGCAUAGGGCAGGCACCAUCUUGGAAUUUGGCGGCUUAUAGCUGGGAUCCAGUGGGCCUUGUGGUCUCACGGAAGCAAGGCAACGAGACGACCCAAGCGCGUGGCUGCAGCAGCGGCCACGACAGCGGAGGCUCCACUACGGACGCUGAGCCUCGAACUGAAGCGUACGAGCAGCCAGAAGAGGCCCAUGCGGGUCUCUUGCACCCCACCGGGAUUCCCGUAUACCUGCCACAGCGGGCGGGAUGCAAAAAGCUGAUCUGCCAGGUCGAUGGCUGCGGCGCCCAGCUGGAGGGCAUGAAGGGCUACUUCCUGCGGCACCGAGUGUGCGAGGAGCACAGCAAGGUUCCCGUGCUGCUUGUGAGCGGCGUGCCGUCGCGGCUGUGCCAACAGUGCUCCAAAUUCCACCCCACAUCUGAGUUUGAGGGGAUCAAGAGGACCUGCCGCAUGCAGCUCGACCGCAUCCGGGUCAACAAGCGCCUCCGCCGCGACCGCAAACUCAACACCGCUGCGGUGGCAGUCCUGGCGGUGAUAAGCGACGCCCAUGAUCCCCAACGCGGUGGUCGUGGCGGAGGCGGAGUGGACACCGGGUGCAGCAACAUGGAUGCAGCAGCAGCAGACGCAGCGGAGCAGGAGGAGCCGCUGCUGUUGGCGCCGCCGGGGCGCCCAGCUAAGCGGCCCGCUGAGAGCACCGGCAGUGGGGAGGGCUCAUGUACGGAGGGACGCAAGGCUCGUCACGUCAGCAGCAGCAGCCACACGGAUCCGUUGCCGCCGCUGCCAUUAACACAGCAGGAGCCGCAGCAGCGGCAGGGCUUGCAGGGAAACAGAUCUGCGGGUGUCGGCGGCGCGGAUUGUGGAGGCGGCGGCAACGCAUGUGGGCCCGGCGUUGGUCACGGCGUUGGUGUUGAUCCCGCCAAGGGCACUGCAGCGGCGUGGAUCGCACCAACCGUCGGGCUGCAGGAGUUAGGCGCAGCUUCUGCAUUGCUGCCAAUGCUGCAACAGCAGAAUACCGUUGCCGAUAUAACUGCUGCUGCUCUUGCGCCGGCAGUUGCAGUUAGGCCGGCGAAUCUUACCAGCACUGCCCUCGACGUGUUGUUAAACAACUCCUCGCAGCCUCACAGCAUGCUAGGCAGUUCACCCGCUUUCACCAAUGUUGCCGGGGAUGCAGCGCCGUUCGUGCCGGCUGCUUACCUGGACUGCACCCACCGGGCUUCUUCUUGUGAGCAUAACGGGCUGUCGUCUCCCUUCCAUUCGAGCGCUGUCUUCAUCUCGGGCUCGAGCGCAACACUGCGCAACGGCGGUGCGGUUGGGGAGCGGGCUGGCCAGGCGACCCUGCCAACUGCUCCCGCAAACCAGCAACCCGAGCCUGGCGGCAUCGCCAGGGAUGCUAGUACGUUCCAGCCAAGCAACAACCGGCUUCACCCGCUGUUGCAAAGUCAGCUUCAAAGCGAUUCGCUGCUCAGGCAGUGGCAACAGGAGCAGCUCAGGCAGCAGCAGCAGGUUGAAGCGGAUAUGCGCCAGCAGCAGCAACAAGGCUUCUUGCAACAGCACCCGCAGCAGCUGCAACAGCUGCAGCAGCAGGCACAGACCUGGCAUAGCCUUCCUGCUUCGGAUGUGGCCGCGCGGGGCAGCGCGUUGGAGCAAAGCUUCCCGAGCGGCUGCCUGUCGGAUGUUGCGACCUUGUCCCUCACAACGCAAAACCAAUCCCGAUUGCAACGACAUGAGGACGUGCUUGUUCCCGGCUCAGGACAAUAUCCCAUAUCGCAUCCGGCGCCCACGUCCCAACAGCAGGAGCAGCAGCAGAAGCGGCAGCAGGAGGAACAAACUGGCUUGCAACUCCAGCACCCCCAGGCAGGACCUUUAGCAGAUGCUGACUGCAGCAAACAGCCAGCCAAGUUGAGUGUGACACCGUCAUUCGGCGAUGUCCUGCCUGCUAGGCAUUCCUCGCAGGACAGCAGGAGCGGGGCAAACACCCCUCAUCAAAUGCUUAGCCUUCCUCCGCCGCCACCGACCGCCGGUGGGCUGCUGUCUGCUUCCGCCUCAGUCACUUCUAACGCGGAAGGCGCAAGUCCCGCCACUGCUGCUGCUGCUGCUGCUGCAAUACCGGCUGUAGCCGGGGAUGCUACGGGUUCCUUUUUCCGCCCUGCUUCUGCAACCUUUGUUCCCGCAUUCACGCACUCCUGUUCACCUGCUGCUGCCAGGCUGGCGACCCCAGUACCCGAUACCCGGGCGGCAGCCGGUAAUCAUGGCGAUGCGGGCAGUGCAACGCUGGGAGCACCCCACGGCGAUGCGGGCACCGCAACCCUUGGCGCCCCUCCGCUACACCCCACGAGCCGUCCGGACAUUACAUGUAACACUCCCGCCCUAACCGCCACCGCACCCGCCACGACGGCACACAACUCCCAGGGCCACCCAGCUGCUCCCCUGGUAUCCCUGCAAGACAACGACAUCGACCCCCAGCAUGCUGCAGACCUUGGGGGCUCCUUGCUUGACACCCUGUGGGAUCUGCUACACGCGCAGGGAGCCGAACUCUCGGUUGCUCCCGAUGACACUACCGCUACUGCUGCUACCGCUGCUACUGCUGCUACUGCUGCUACCGCUGCUACUGCUGCUACUGCUGCUACUGCUGCUACUGCUGCUACUGCUGCUACUGCUGCUACUGCUGCUACGGCCAACCCACAACAGCCCUCAUGGCUGGGCUGUGGUGCAGCCCGUGAUGUCAACAAUAGCAGCAACAUUAUCACCCAUUCUGCAGCAGCAGCAGGAACUGGCAUGGCUGGUCCGCAGAACUGCUGGGAGGGAGCAGGCCAGCAGGACGCGCUUUCGCGUGCGGGUUCUUGCAUGGCCGGGCUUGCUACGGCGCACCCUGCAAGUCUGCCGCUGCCUGCACUACCAGUGGAAGGUGAUUUGGGGCUGCCGAUGGGUGCUGGUGUUAGCGUGACUGGUGGGGUUGCUGCUACUGCCGGGUUCGACGCCACGUUGGUGCCGGUGGUAGCGCAGGGGCUAGGUGUGCAGCAGAAGGAGGCUGCUGCUCGGUUGUCCGCUGGGGGCAUCAUGCAGCAGCAACACCAGCAGCAGCACCAGCAGCUGCCGUUGUUGCACCGCGACGUGCUUUACCCGGCGCAUGCCUUUGUAUCAUCUGCGUGUGGUGGAAACUCGCAGCUUUUGUUUCCACAGCUAUCACCGCUAUCGCAUCAGCAGCAGCAGCAGCAUCAACAGGAGCAGCAGCGGCAAUGGCACUCGCUUGGUCUGACGCAGCAGGCACAACCGUACCGGCCACUACAGCAGCAGCAGCCAUGUUUGCAGCAGCCAUGUUUGCAGCAGUCGCAGCAGCAGACGCAAGCCUGCUGGUCGCGGCCCCCCAUGCGGCCGGCAGUGCAAGUUGCAGGACGGCUGUUGGCACGUCUGCUGGACCCCAACUCAAACAACAUGCAUCCGGGGGCUACGGAUGACCAGGGACCCCCUGCCGAGCAACAGAUGCUGCGACGACAGCUCCUGUCCACUCUUGCAGCCCCCUGCGCCGGUACCUGGGCAGCAACCCCCGGGGUUCCCCUGGCGGCCACAACCGACGCCAUGGCAACAACAGCUGGCGGGUGCGCCGCCCUUCCCCACGCAGCAGCAGCAAACACGCCGCUUCCAUCACACUGCUGGGCACCCGGUGUGUCAACUGGGCUUGGUAGCUUCUUCAACAACAACAACAACAACGGCGUCGGCGGUGAUGUCUUGGGCGCAACUGUUGACCCUGCAGGCAGCAGAGGGCACUUCACAGCGGGUUGGUCAAGUGCUACAGGUUACUGCUACUCGGGCUCCGGAGCUGGUGUUGCUGCUGCUGCUGCUUCUGCUGCUGCCGGUCUUCCACAUGCAGCAGGAGGCCUGGUUUCCUGCGUUGCACAAGACGGUGUCUUCGCCAUGGGUGGUAGCUGCAACCAGGUGGCCUCCAUGCGGGGCUUCCAUUCCAAUGGUUAUUAUGAGUCGUGUGGUGUUAACUCGGCAUCGGCGCUACCGGGCGUGGUGGCACCCGGCGGAGGAAUGCUGUUCCCACCCGAGUCUGCAGCUCAUCACCCCUCUCCAGCAACCCAACUUCAGUCCCUUUCGGAAGCGAGGAAUCUGGCCUUGUCCCGUGUUGGUAUUGGCAUUGUUGUUCCUCCUUAUCCAGCUGCUGCCGACUUUUUCAGAAGCAGUAACAGCAGCAGCAGCACAACAGCAACCGUUGGUACGGAGCUUCCGUACGGCGCCGGCGGCUGUGGUGCCGGCGGCGCUAACAGUGCCUUUGCAGCGGCGGGAGCCUGCGGCAACACGACGAUGAUGAUGAUGCCGCCUGACAUGCUUUUGACGCGCAUUUCCUUGAAGAUUGCGCAGUGCAGACCAGAAGAACUGCCGUACGAUAUUCGGACACGGUUACAAACGCUCGUCCGGGAGGCACCUGUGGAGAUCAUGCAGGGGUGCCUGAGGCCGGGCUGCACCGAACUAGUCCUAGAUGCGCUCCUCACGGGUCAGGAAGGACCCACGGGUCAGCAGCACCUGCAGCAGCCGUUGCUUAUGCAAAUCCUUCAACGAUCCGGCUCCAGAAACAGCUGCUCUAAGCACCAUGACGACGAAGACGAUGAUGCAAGCGCUGUGGAUAACGCCACCGCCGCUGCCGCCGCUUUGCUGGAAGCGCUGCCGUACAGUCUGCGGAGCAAGGCCGUGUGUCUUCAGGUAGCAGAUCAGGCGCUGUUGGUACAGCCGGGUGCGGCUCCGCUGCUGGUCAGCUGGGAGGAGACGUGCGAGCGACGGGGCGGUGGUAGCGGCGGCGGGUUGAGGAGGACUGUUCGGCGUCCUGAGCUCCUGCGGGCGGGCGGCGGGAGCGGUCCGGUGGUUUGCAGUGAGGACGCAGAAGAAGAGGGCUGCAUACGACUGCGUGUCUCCGGCCGGCACCUGACCGACCCAGGGGUCACUCUGCUGGCACGAUUAGGCGGCCGGGCGCUCUCCGUACGAGCUAUCACACCCGUAAACGGCAACGGCGCUGGUUGCUGCACGCUCAACAACAACGAUUCCCACACUGACAGCUCUACAACCACCACUGCAACCACCACUACCUCCGAAGCUAUUCAUGAGAAGUCUGCGCCGACGCCGGCAGCGGUCAGCACUACUAGCAUCACCGGCAGCACAAACACCACCGGGAGUAUUAUCGUUGGCGACGCUCGUGAGACAUCUACGCUGUCGCAAUCCCCAUCGCCUCCUCACCCAACACCACCUUGGCCCUCGUCCCAUGCAUCGCCACGGGAUCGUCGUGAGUUUAAUAAGACGGCAAGCGGCGAGGAAGCGGGGGAGCCACGAAGCACCAACCCUGUUCCAAGUGACGAUGAAGCGGCACGGACCCAUGACAACAACGACGAUGGCGUAGGAAUGGAGUACGACGUAGAGAUAGAUCUGCCGUACGAUGCUCCCGUACAGGGCCUGCUGAUCCUUGAGCCCCGGGUUGGCAGCAUGCUGGGUCCUUGGCUGUCGGUGCUGGUACUGGAGGAUGCUGCUCUGUUGGCGGAGGUGGAGUCCUGCUUGUCACGGGGAAUGCAGCCUGAGCAUGCGAGGCGCCUGGUGGAGGGUCUAGGUCUGUUUGUAGACCAUGCAGAGCGUUGUUUAGCAGCAGCGACAGCAGCAGCAGCAACGGGUGCAUAUCCGAGGGCAUCUGCGGGUACGGAUGCGAGUGCGAGUGCGGGUACGGAGGAGGCAAGUCAUGCAGGAUGCAGGGGCGAGCGGGCUCAGGCAUCAGCUGGCAGCAGUAGCAACAGCAGCUCCAGCCGCGGCGGCGGCGCGCAUGACCGUGUGCUGCGGUUGGGUCGCAGCUUGCUGGCGUUGAGCGCGCUGUGGGGCUGUCCGAGGCUGCUCGCCUUCCUGGGCUCCCACAUGGUGGACCUCGGGGAGCCGCUGGCCCGCCUGCCCGCCGCCCGCUGCGGACCCUGGGAGCUGCUGACGUGUGCGGUACUGUCGGGAUGCCGCCGUGUGGUCCACAUAGUGGCGGAGUGGGUGGCACGAGCAGGGGGCAGCAGUGUGAACUGGCGGUCGCCUGUGGCCGGAGUGCGCCCCUCCUCCGGCGCGACCGCCCCCACCUUGUUGCACCUGGCAGCUGCGUUGCCGCCGCCCGCAGCCUCCACCGCGCUCCGCAUCCUGUGGGGCCUGGCGCGCGCAUGCAGCCGCAGCCAGCCGGCAGACGCAGAGACAGACGCAGACGCCUUCGCUGCCUCUUGGUUUGCCGAGUCAGCUGCUGCAGCCUCUGGCUGGGAUGCACCCGCUGCACUCUUUCGGAUCUCCGCAACAGCCACGACAGCAGCAACAGCGGCGACGGCAGUUGCUGAUCAGGGCCCGGGAGUAGCAGGUCCGAGCCGCGUGACGAAUGCCGUACCCUCUGUUACCUGCACCGCGUCUAGGCUGCCGGCGGAAGCCGAGGCUGCGGCUGCUGCCGCUGCGGAGGCGGUGGCGAUGGUAGAUUGGUUGGACUACCGCUGUAUGAUGCAGCUGGUUUCCUCGUACAUUCGUACACACAGCCUCACCUCCCCGCUGGAUUACGUGGAUCUGCCGUCCUCGGAUCUCUCGUCCAGCGCCGUGCGAUUGGGUACCGUACCCAUCGGCGGCAGCAGCUACGGUCGUAACGUGGUUGCUGCGGCACCAGCUACCACAUCCUCGCCUUCAAAGGAGGCCUUGCCGGCUGCGCACGCCGCGAUGGACGGCGGUGGCAGCGAAGGUAUGGCUGUAGGCACACCACCUCUACUGCUGCCGAGGGCAGCGACCUCAGUUCACCCCAGCCCUCCUCAGCUAGAAGAACGCCGCCUUCGCCUACAUUGCGACAAGGCCAACAAGGACCGGCAGAACUUCCACGCGCAAGACCUGGAGCAGGGCCCUCCACGACGCAUGCGGAUAGCUGUAGCACCCCAGGCGCUACAGCCGGCGGCUGCCCCCACAUCCUCAUCUGCCUCCCUCACCGCCGCCGCUGGCAUGCGUGCCUCUGACGGCUCGCCGAGACACGUCAGCGGCUCAGCAGCCGACGUGGACCGGGGUUCCUGGAUCCCCGCCGGAACCAGCCUUACAACCGCCCUCGCAACCGCCACGGAUAAAUACAGAACGAACGCAACGACCACAACGGCCACAACGACAACAACCACCAUGUGCGCUUCUGGCUCCAUGCCCACCUUCUUUGGCAGUUGUACGACAACUGCAACCGGCAGGACAUCAACAGCCAUGUACGGCGGCGGCUCCUCACUGACCUCGUCUUUGUACGACAUGCAAGCUACAGCUCGGCAGCAGCAGCAGACCGCAGCAUUAAGCGCAAAGCCGCUGCCGCUGCAGCUGCAGCCCCUAUUGCACCUCUCUCGGCCGCUUCCCGGUAGCAGCAGUAGCUGCUCGGCUCCUGACGACGCUACCAGCAGCGGCUCGCUGCUCAAGUUGCGGGAGGUGGGAGAUGCAGCAGCAGCAGCAGCAGCGGGAGGUGAUGGUGGGUGCGACCGGGCUGACAGUGGCCAACAGGAGCAGCAGCAGGUGCAACAGCAGCAGGUGCAGCUUGAUGACAAUACCGCGGUUGCAGCAAUGGCGGGGGAGACGACGGCUGGCGGCGCUUACGGUCCGCAACCAGAGCCGGUGCAGGAAGAGGGCCUGCGGGUGCACCAGCAGCUACAGCCGCAGCCGCAGUUGGAGCCACAUGAUGAGGACAGGGAUGCUGCAGUACCCAGCACGCGUGGAGCGGUGGUGGAAGAGGAGGAGGGGGAGGAGUUUGACGGGGGAGCGGUGGUGAUGGGUCCAGAAGCGGUUACAGAGCCGCCGCCGCGUGGUAACGUGCGAGGUCUGGCGCGGCUGUUCAAGAGAUUGUUUAGCAGCCGGGGUUCUGGUUCGGGGCAGUGAUGGGCUGGAGCUUAGAAGGAGGCCUGCAUGGGGCGCAGAUGGAAGGUGGGAUUGGAGGUUUGGAGGCUGGAUGUGGAGUGGCGGCAGUCCCAUGGGUCGGUGAGGAAGUGUAGUGGGAAGGUGAGAAGGACAGAUGGGGAGAGAGGGGUUUUAAGAUGUCACAGCAGGACGGCGGGGGGCGCUUGGGGAUGGAGGGAUGGUAUGCAAAGGGAUGGUGCAAAGGGGAACUAGGGUUUGAUGACGGCUGAUGAGAGCAUGAUGAGGAAUGCUGUUUUCCUGGGAGGAGGUCUGUCACGGACGAUGCACGUGUGGGUUGGGCCGUAAGCCUGCUACAGCUGCAAUGCUAAGCAGGUAAUCCCAGGCGUGUGUGUGACGCCUGUCUAAUAUGCAAGGCCACAAGAGGGCACAGCUUCUGCAUGCGUCCCGCUUUCAGUGCCGUAAAGCACACACUCACAUAGACGAUCACGUUUUGAGAGGCAUUUUCACGUCCGUUACAAUUGAGCACACAUGCGGGGAUGACAAUGUGUCAUUAGCAUUCGCGGUCUUCACAUCAUCACCCUUCACACCAUGUCAGACCUUUUUCAUGUGCAGCGUUUUGUCCGGUCCUUGGCUGGUUGGUUAUUUAUUAUCUUCAAUGGUGGGGGAGACACACGAACAGAGGGCCCCCCAACUCGUUUUGGGAGCCUGUCGCGCUCGAAAUAAAAUUUUUGGCGGCGUUUUUUCCAUGAAACAUUACCUAUCCUGUGUUGCUGUCGCAUCUUGUCUGGACUAGAUACAUUUGAGAGGGAAACCAUAGCAGCACGAGACAUUGAGAAGAUUUUGAAGGCGGGAAGGGUAUACAACAUCACACGCUUGGCACUGGACAUCUAUUCUAUGGCGGCCAGCGCCAGAGCUCCAUAACACUGGCAACUGCAGCAUGGUUUCUGCGCACUUAUUUCUACGGGUAUGCGGCAGGUCGCAAGCGCGCCGGGCUCGGCUCUUAAUCAUGGCGAGCUAACGAGCGUCCUAAUGCGACUUCGACAUUUUGCGUUUCAUACAGGACCUUGUUCCAUUCGGGUGUGGUUGUGGGGGCCAUGUGCUGGUGUGUACAUGUAUGUGUGACUCAUGAGGGUCUGGAACAGCAGCUGAGAAGCAGUAUAGAAAAAAUGAGUUACGGGUUCCCUGUGAUAUGCAGGGAACAUACCAAAGUGCGACACCUGAGCGGGUGAGGUGUGCGGCAUAACUGUGUCAUUAGGGUAUGUUCCGGCUGGUGGGAAGGAGGAAUGUUGACCAUACAUGGCACACGGCACGGAAAUCCGAUCUUUUUUUGCUAAAUAUAGUUGUUGCUAGUUGUGAUGGCCAUUACCAGCCUCGUUGGGGUGUCUUUCUCGUCCGUGGCGUGGUGCUGGCUUGGGUUCACAGUCCGUUUCAUGCUGCCAUACGGCUGUACCUUUAUUCAUAUAUCCGGGACUACAUGCAACAACAUGUAACUGCAACAGCAUCC